AUGGGGAAGUCCAAGAAGCACGGGAAACCAGUGAAAAGCGCUUCAAAGAAGGGAAGCAAGAAUGACAAGAACAAGCGCAAGGCCAAGUUCAUAGACCCCACGAGCAGCGUAAGUCGCGAUGUUCGUGAAACCGUGGCGGCCCUCGUCGAGGAAAUCGAGCGCGAGGAGCCGGUGGCGGAGGAGAAGCUGCAGUCUCUUAAAGAGAAGAAGUGCCAGGAGAUCGCAGAAAAGGAGGGCAUCCUCGUGAAAACCGGCAUGACGAAGGAGCAGGCGCACACGAUCGCUAACCGACUCAAACAGCAGCAGAGCACGACGCACCGCAGCGACGGCGAGGGCGACGUGGGGAGCGACGGCGGCGACGGCGACGGUGGCGGCACCGAAGAAGACUACAGUGACACGGCCAACGAGCCCUCUCGGGAGUACCGCAAGGGAGGCUACCACCACGUUGUCAUUGGUGAAGUCUAUAAUGACCGCUACCGCGUCGUCAAGAAGCUGGGCUGGGGCUAUUUCUCUACGGUGUGGUUAGUGUGGGACUAUCAGAAGGAGCGUUACCAGGCCAUGAAGAUUCAGAAAUCGGCGGCCAGCUACAGCGAGGCCGCCUACGACGAGAUCAAGCUGCUCUCGGAGAUUAUGGAGGCAGACCCGCACAAGAAUCGUUGCUGUGCCCGUUUGAAUGACUACUUCAAGCACACUGGGCCGAAUGGUACACACGUGUGCAUGCUCUUUGACGUUUACGGCGAGAACUUGCUCUCCCUGAUGGAGCGCUACGAGUACCGCGGCAUCCCGCUACCGAUUGUCAAGUGCAUUGCGCGGCAGGUGCUUAUAGGCCUCGACCACAUCAACUCUAUCGACAUCAUCCACACAGACCUCAAGCCAGAGAAUGUACUCUUAUCGACCCCGAAGCAUUCUAUAAUAUCGCUGAUGAAGCAAUUUCGCCCGCCCCCGUUGCAUCAGCGCCCAAAGCUGACGGAGCGCGACCCCAAGACCAUGACCAAAUCACAGCGAAGACGCUACUACAAGAAGCUGGCGAAGGAGGAGCGAAAGACGUUCCUGGGCGAGGACGAUGGCGACCACAAAUCUAGAGGCGACGAACACGGCAGUAACGAGAACGGAGACGCAGAUUCGGAAGGAAGCAAGACCGACCCGGAGUGGGAGGUCGAGCGCUUUCACCAUGUCAUCCUGGCCGACUUCGGUAAUAGCUGCUGGACGUACAAACAGUUCACGGACGAGGUGCAGACACGGCAGUAUCGCUGCCCCGAGGUUAUCCUAGGCGAACCAUAUUCGACGCCAAUCGACAUUUGGUCUUGCGCCUGCAUGAUUUUUGAGCUCAUCACCGGCCAGUUCCUCUUCGAUCCCAAAAAGGGCGACGACUACUCGCGUGAUGAGGAUCAUCUGGCUCUAAUGAGCGAGCUCCUGGGCGACUUGCCGGAGAGCAUGCGACUGGGCGACGGCAAGUACCGCAGCUACUACUACAACUCGAAAGGGGACUUGCGCAACAUCAAAGAUUUACAGUACUGGGCCCUGGAGGACGUGCUCCAUCAGCGGCACAAGUUUACCAAGAAAAAGGCUAAGGAGAUCGCCGACUUCCUGCUCCCUAUGCUAGAGUACGCGCCCGACACCCGCGCUACCCCUGCCGCAAUGCUGCGUGACCACGACGCGUUCUUCGAUAUCCAAGACGACGACUACGCGCCGCUGUGCUUCGUUGAUGAGGACAGCGGCGACGAGGAAGGUUCUGCUUCGGACGAGGAGGAGGAGGAGACCGACAGCGAUGACUCUUCACAGUCCUACUCUUCCGCACCUUCCAGCGAGCUGAAGGCGAAGCGCUCCCGCCAGCCGGACAGCAAUGCUGACCGCUCCGAGACGUUUCGGUACUGGGAGGAGCAUCCCAUUCUCAACCGCACUUACCUAGAGGAGCGAGGGUUGACGAUUGCCGACAUUCAGUCGGUCCUCGCCGGGAACUUCUUAGAUGACGCAGCAGCCCAUGAGGCUGCCGCGGAGGUGAUUCGUCUGCUCUCGGAGGAGACGGACCGGCUCUCGAACGACCACGGCAGCGAUGGACACGAGGCGGACAAUGAGAACAUGGGCACCGACGAUGAUGACGAAGAGGGGACGACGCAGGGCUCCGACGAACCGGAGAGGGUGGUGGUGGUGUGCAAGGCGGCUCCGUGCGACGAUGGCGUCGACGAGGACGACGAGGAAGCCACAGAUGAAGAGGAAGAGGGGAGUAGCGAUGGCGAGGAGUAG